CGCAAGCGCCGCCCCGCCGGAACCCGGCCCGCCCGCGCCGCUCUUCUCGGCGCGGCCGCUGCGUGAGCCGUAGAAUCAAUCGCGGUUCCUUGGCGGCGUCACCUGCCGCGUUUGGCUGCGUCCCGGAGGCGGAAGCGGGACGGCGCCUGUGGCGGAAGUGAGCCGCCGGGGCGGCGUGUGCUCGGCGAUGGCAUCCCAGUAGUGGCGACGGCGGCAGCGGCAGCAGCGGUUUCCCUCCUUCCCGUCCCCUUUUCCGCCGUCGGGACCGGGUGGCGCGGCCAUGGCCGGGGCCCAGGCGGCCGCCAGCGGCGGGGGGCGCGCGCUGCUGCUGCUGUUGCGGCCGCGGCCGCGCGGCUCGGACGGCGCCUCACGUGACGGCCGCGCGCCCGCGUCCCCCGCGCGCCGCUGCCUCGGCGACUGGCGGUGCCCGCCCGUAGCGCAGCCGGGCCCCGGCGGCGGCGGCGCCGUGUGGGGAAGGGGCGGCGGGAGCGGCGGGGGGAGCCGGCGGCACCGCGGGGAGCGGGAUGUAAGCAUUUCUGUGUCAUCUUUGCAAAGCAAAGAGAAUAUUUCCUUACUGGGAAAUAGGAGGCUUUAUUUUGACACUCAUGCACUGGUAUGCCUCUUGGAAGAAAAAGGGUUCACUACUCAGCAGUCGGAGGUCAUUGUGUCUGCAUUAGUGAAAAUCAUGAACACCAACCUGGAUAUGAUUUACAAGGACAUGGUCACCAAAGUACAGCAGGAAAUUGCACUUCAGCAAGUUAUGUCCCAUAUUGCUGGUGUGAAAAAGGACAUGAUUAUUUUGGAAAAAAGUGAAUUUUCAGCACUUCGUGCAGAAAAUGAGAAAAUAAAACUUGAGCUCCAACAGAUAAAGAAGCAAGUCACGGAUGAAAUUACCAAAGUUCAUGCAGAUAACAAGUUAAACCUAAACCUGGAGAAGAGCAGAGUGAAAGAACUGUAUUCACUCAAUGAAAGAAAACUACUUGAAAUGAGGACAGAAAUAGUGGAAUUGCACGCGCAACAAGACCGAGCUCUGACCCAGACAGACAGAAAAAUAGACACAGAGGUUGCAGAUCUGAAAACAAUGCUUGAAUCGCACAAGCUUGAUAAUAUUAAAUACUUAGCAGGUUCAGUAUUUACAUGCCUUACUGUAGCACUGGGAUUUUAUCGUUUAUGGAUAUAACAAAACACGAAUUUAAAGGGACUUCUUUGCCUGAGAUUCUGAAAAGAAGUUUUUAAUCUUUACCUGAAUUUUUAACCAAAUCUUGACUGUUUUAUUUAUUAUUUUAUAAAGCAGACUGUGUUGAGAAUGUAACCAAAGACGUGCCUAAAAACAAACUGUGCACAUACCAUGCCAACAUUGAACCUUACCUCUGAUGGAAGCGCUUCUGUGGUUUCCCUCCAUUCUGAGCUGCAGGGCACCUGCUGCUGCCUUUGUGUAGGCAAAGACUGGCAUUCCUGACAAUGGAGUGGGCCUGCAUGCUGUAGAGAAAAUCAAUGGAAUUAUGGUCCAUUGCCUGCUUAGGCAGGUUGGCCAGACUCAGUUGCAUGUGUUGGACUGAAGUAUUUAUUAUUAGUGUAAAACUGAAGCUACGUGUUCUGUGGCUUGGAGGCACUCUUGUAUAAGUGGAGUUUGUGCUAACUGAAUCAUGCUCACUUCCCUCCCUCUAACACUUGUUCUUACAGUUACUACGAUCAAAUAUUUGUUUGGCUAUUUUUGUAACAUCGCUAUCAGCUUUUUUUCCAGAUGGCUGCCCAAUCAGUUGUGUUCAUGAACGAGUCCUGUGUAAAGAUAGCAGUGUUUGCUGCUAGUUUUGUUUGUAAGGUAUUUGUAGAGAUUUUUGUGACUAACUUGCCUUUGGUAGACGUAAGUAUCCGAUACUCAUUCCAUAUGCCAAUUGCUUACCUUACCACUGUAACUGGAAGUUGGAAAUGCAGUAACAUACACUGGUUGUGUUAAUUUGUCAUUAGGUGAUACAAAGUGUCUCAGGUGCUGCCUUCUUGAUGAAAGGGAAUUUAUGCUUCUAGAAAGGAAAGACAUUUUAAAUGGUGGUUAUUAAGCAGACUCUUAGGCAAGAGAACUGCACUACCAACAGUCUUCUGGGGGUUUUACUGUUUCAUUUCUUAAAAAAUCAUGUUGAUUCUUCAAAUGUGGAACUCUGAUAGUGAUGAUAAUAAUUGAAGCAGCAGUGGACACCUGCAAAGAUGUUAAACCCACGUGAAUCAGGAAGUGCCACCAAAAGCAAUGAAGAAAGAUGUCCAGUGUAUGCAGGUAUCUGUCAUUCUUCCACUGAUGAAAUGACUGGUUAAGUAGCAGAGCUGCCAUCUGUAUUCCUUCACUUAAAGGAAAUUUCCCUUUUCUGCUUGCUGUUAGGAGGGGAGCUUAGUUUAUGCACUGGUGAGAAAUGCUGUUAGAGCACAAUAAUGGCUUUGCUUAAUGAAAGUAAAUCUUUUUGGCUACUUUGUGCCUGUACUGUAAUAACCAUUUAACAUUUUUGUGGUUGGAAGUGCCAACUUUGAUCAUGUGCAAGUUCAGAGGAAGAGAUGGAUGCCUGUAACAAUACUAUACUGGCCUGAAAUAAAGAAUUUUGAAUAUUUCAUAGAA